AUGGAGGGUCAGGGUGUAGGUUAUGGUGGAGGUCAGGAUGGAGGGUCAGGGUGGAGGUUAGGGUGGAGGUUAGGAUGGAGGGUCAGAGUGGAGGGUCAGGGUGGAGGGUUAGGAUGGAGGGUCAGGGUGGAGGGUCUUGGUGGAGGGUCAGAGUAUAGGGUCAGGGUGGAGGGUCAGGGUGGAGGGUCAGGAUGGAGGGUCAGGGUGGAGGGUCUUGGUGGAGGGUCAGAGUAUAGGGUCAGGGUGGAGGGUCAGGGUGGAGGGUCAGGAUGGAGGGUUAGGAUGGAGGGUCUUGGUGGAAGGUCAGGGUGGAGGGUCAGGGUGGAGGGUCAGGGUGUAGGGUCAGGGUGUAGGGUCUUAGUGGAGAGUCAGGGUGGAGGGUCAGGGUGGAGGGUCAGGGUGUAG